AUGGACCCGCAGCUUCAGGAUCUGCUGGAGCAGGGAGGUCUUUCGCACACCAUUCAGGGAUUCAUUGAUGGCGGUGUAACCAACAUCCAACAGCUUAAGCAGCUCACAAUGCAGGACUACCAAUCUGUGGGCGUCAUUGUUAUGACCGAUCGUCGUAAACUCUUUGAGCUCAUUCAGUAUAUGAAAAGAGAGCAGGCUAAUGUUUCGCCUCUCCCUGUCUCUUCCUCUUCUGCGGAGGUCCUGCGCAAUGCUGAUCAUAACUCCCAUGCAGCCGCUGCAACUGCCGCACAAAAUACUACGCCAUCCCACCGUGGUGGCACACCCUCAGGCGCACAACGUAAGGCGGAUAAUGAAAUGUCUGCGUUGUAUGAAACCAAGCAAAGUUCUACACUUCGACGAGAACCUGAGCGUGUGGGCGAGGACCUGAACACCUCGACAUCGAAAACGACCUCAAGUUCACGACCUGUGAGUCGACCGACACGUAGCUCCCCCACUCCAGUUGUACGCAGAGCAGGAGAAACCGCGACAACGAAACGAAAAGUGAGUCGAAUUAUUGUUGCCAUCCGCAAACGUCCACUGAAUAGCUCCGAGUUGAAUGAUGGUCUCUACGAUGUUUUGGCCACAGACCCAGAUAAUAUGCACGUCAUCGCCCUUUUGGAACCCAAACAAAAAGUGGAUUUGACAAAAUACAUUGAGAAACACCGCUUUACGUACGACUUGGUGCUAGAUGACAGGCAAAAUAACCGUGAUGUCUAUGAAAAAACAUGUAGAUCUCUUAUUGAGACUGUUUUUGACGGUGGGUGUGCGACGUGUUUUGCCUACGGUCAAACAGGGAGUGGGAAAACGUACACGAUGCUAGGAAAAGAUGCCCAGGAGGGUAUCUACCUUAUGGCUGCACGAGAUUUAUAUUCUCGAUUGGAAGCUGGUAUGAGUAUUGUGGUUUCUUUCUUUGAGAUUUACGGAGGAAAACUUUUUGACUUACUCAAUGAGCGCGAAAAGCUUGCCUGUCGCGAGGAUAGCCGUGGCGUCAUCAAUGUUUGUGGUCUGACGGAACACCGUGUCGACGACACGGGUCAUCUAAUGCGUGUGAUAGACUAUGGAAAUUCUAUUCGUGCGGCCGGAUCGACGGGCAUGAACGCAGAUUCUUCUCGUUCUCAUGCUAUUCUUCACAUCACUGUGUUGAAUGCUAAAAACCGUUUUUUUGGUAGGUUCACUUUUAUUGAUCUUGCCGGUAGUGAGCGGGGGGCUGACACGCUUGACAGCGAUCGCACAACGCGGCUUGAGGGGGCGGAAAUUAAUAAGUCACUUCUGGCACUAAAGGAGUGUAUUCGGGCCCUUGAUCAAAAUCACCGUCAUAUCCCCUUUCGUGGGUCGAAGCUUACGGCGGUACUUCGGGAUUGCUUUACAGGAAAUAGCCGUACAGUAAUGAUAGGCAAUGUCAGUCCCGCAAGUGGAAGUUGUGAACAUACGCUCAAUACGCUUCGAUACGCAGAUCGCGUAAAGGAAUUAAAGAAGGAUAAAUCGUCUCGCGUUGCCGCCGAGGAAAUUAUGAUUGGGCAGAUGCCGAGUGAAGAGGUGGAAACUCUCGGUCUCAGUGGGAACUUUGCCCAACGGCGCGCACGUGAGAAAAAGCUGGGAACCCGAUCCUCCAGUCAGCUCUCGCAACGUGAACAGGGGACACCCAAAAUGAAACCCCUAUGCAGGUACGGUAGUAAUUACCGACCCCAGGCACCUCCAACUCGCAUGCGAGCAGCCUCAAAGGACGAAGAUUAUCCCAAUUUCUCAGAUAGUAUCCGCCCCAGUAAGUUUACCAGCAGCGGACCUGUAAAAGGUUCUACUAGCUAUGCCAAAGCAACACCGAAGCACAGUCGUGUUGCCAGUGAAGUGUCGGGGCGUGCUGUUAGUCCGUAUGAUAUGGCUUCGUUUGCGAGUGUGGACUCCUUAGAUGAUGAUGAGGAUAACGUGAUUUUUGGCCAUCGCCGCCACAUCGACGCCAUGAUGGAGUUACUGAAGCAGGAGAUGACAGAGCUAAAUGGGGUUGAGAUGCCAGGCGCCUCCAUUGAGGUGUACUGUAGAAAUGUUGACAGCAUUCUUACACGUCAGGCGAAAAACAUUGAGGGGGUUAGGAGCAUGAUCAGAGAAUUAAUGAAGCAUGUAGAGGCCCGUCAGCGACAUUAG